UUUGUGUUAGUUUUAUGGUUCUUUUAUCAGAAGUUUUCAUUGUGAUUGAUAACGGAGCAGUCUUGUGAAAACAAUUACGCGGUAUGGCAGUAUAUCUUAAAAGACGAAAAAGAAAAGGGAUGGUUCAAAAUUCAUCAACAUCGUCAUAUAUUUACCGUACUGCUGAACGUAGGUCUACCCCAAUGAUGGAAAACGAACCAUCCCUGUCAUGGACACUAUGGACAGCCCUCGUCUGGGCAAACAUAGUAUGAGAGACCCUGUUUCACGGUGGUCCGAUGAUUUGAAGGUGGCAGUCAGUGGAUGCAUGUGGGAUUCAAAAUGAUCACUGAAUUAGUCAAUUACGACUUGAUCUUCACUUGUUCACAUUAUCUGACGAGACAACCAUUCAGCCUCCGAAUACCUAUAGGUACCGGGGGUAUUUAUGAUGCCCACAACUGCGUUACCGGCUAGCCUCAAUCCUUUGAUUGAAAAAUUCGUUUCGGAUUAAACCAAAUAGGUCUUUUACGACCUAUAAACUAACCUGAACAUUUGAUAUGACGUAGACUUACUUAAGCUCAUGGUGCACGAAGUACUAACUUAUCCGGGAGGCGUCAGUCAUGGAAAGCCAAAAUAUUAAAAUAGCGGGCAGUAGUUCCCGCUUAACAAAGGUGAAACAAUUACUAACAUUUGUAGAUUCAAAAAUUUUGGAUGAGGAUAUGCUUUUGUACUGGAGAAAAAGUGAUUCAUCCAAAUGCGAGCCGUUCACCACGUACAUGAUAGGCUGCAACAAAUGUGUAUGCAGUGCUGACGGAACACCGUUCUGCACCAGAAUGGCUUGCUUCAAGGAACCCAGGUUUUUAAUGGAUUUUUUCAGAUGAAUCUAAAAGGAUCACCCCAGUAGAUACACCUGACCAGACCAUUGAUUCCGACGAUACUUCUUCAUCAGUAUAAUAAAUAUACAUCAAUAAAUACGUAUCAAUAAUAUUAUUUCUGAAUAAACUAUUUUACCAUUAA